AUGGCGAAAGAGCUUCUUCUGCAACUUCGUCUACUGCUUCUUCUUCCCGAACAACGGUGGGUGGGAAUUCUCUUAAUUGAUGACAUGGAGCAAUAUGAAAUACUUGAACAAAUUGGAAAAGGUGCUUUUGGUUCUGCGCUUCUUGUGAGACACAAGCAUGAAAAGAAAAAAUAUGUGUUGAAGAAGAUUCGGCUUGCUCGUCAAACCGAGCGGUCUCGCAGAUCUGCACACCUGGAGAUGGAGCUCAUCUCUAAAUUAAGAAACCCAUUCAUUGUGGAGUACAAAGAUUCAUGGGUAGAAAAGGGUUGCUAUGUCUGCAUCAUUAUAGGUUAUUGUGAGGGAGGAGAUAUGGCAGAAGCUAUUAAGAAAGCUAAUGGUGUCCUAUUUCCAGAGGAGAAACUUUGUAAGUGGCUCGUACAACUUCUUAUGGCUCUUGAGUACUUGCACAUGAACCACAUUCUUCACCGGGAUGUCAAGUGUUCAAAUAUCUUCUUGACAAAAGAUCAUGACAUUCGUCUAGGUGAUUUUGGACUUGCCAAGAUGUUGACUUCUGAUGAUCUUGCGUCCUCUGUUGUGGGAACUCCUAGCUACAUGUGCCCUGAGCUCCUCGCGGAUAUACCUUAUGGUUCUAAGUCAGAUAUUUGGUCCUUGGGAUGCUGUAUAUAUGAAAUGACAGCGCAUAAGCCUGCAUUCAAAGCAUUUGAUAUACAGGCAUUGAUUAACAAGAUUAAUAAGUCAAUAGUGGCUCCACUGCCUACAAAAUAUUCUAGUUCAUUUCGAGGUCUUGUUAAAAGUAUGCUGCGGAAAAAUCCAGAGCUUAGGCCCAGUGCUACUGAGCUGCUUGGACAUCCACAUCUUCAACCUUAUGUUCUUAAGGUCCAUCUUAAAAUGAAUAGCCCCAGGCGAAGCACAUUGCCAGUUCAUUGGCCAGAAUCCAACUACUUGAAGAAAACUAGAUUUUUGGUGCCAGAAGAUGACCCCGUUUCCGUUUAUAGGGAUAAGCGACAUUCUUUUAGUAAUGAUCGGACUCUAAAUCCUAGUGUAUCUGGAGCUGAUCAAGAUUCUGUAUGCUCGACUCUAGAAAUAGAUUGUACUCCUGACCAUUUGAAUCAAAGGUUAGCAGAACUACGAAUUGGAGAUAGCAAUGAAGUGAAAUCAAUCCGGAAGCCUGCUGUUUCCAGAACUUCUAGCAAUGUUAAGACUCCAAGGUUCCCUUCCUCAAAAGUCUCUGCCACCAACAAGAAAUCAGUAAAAUCCUCAAACAAUCAUACGGUGAUACCUCUUUCUCACAAUACCACAAAAUCUGCUAAUACUAAUCGUAGGGCAUCAUUUCCAUUGCCAACAAGGGGUGGUAUUCGGCAGCCUCCUUGUGGGCCCAAUGCCAGUUUGCUUAGUCACGUGUCUUCACCAGAUAUCUCAGUCAAUUCUCCACGAAUUGAUAAGAUGGCUGAAUUCCCAUUAACUUCAUAUGUAGAUUCUUUGUUCCCCAUCAAUAGAACAUCAUCCUUUGCUCAAGGUUCCUCAGGCCUCCCAUCCAGCGGCAACCAUUCCACCGUGAUAGACAAAUGCACGGUGGAGGUACAUGAUAGAGCGUCAAACAGGCCUGAUUGUACGGAUUCUUGGCAGGGAAUCAAGCAGAACGUGUUAAAGGAAAUUGAUGAGGAUAAAAGUGGUUCCUCUGAUCAAAAUGCAACAGCAGGUGCUUCGAGCCACACCUCUUCUGACUUGCGCCGGCGACAAUUUGACCCGUCCUCAUUCCAACAAAGGGCUGAAGCUUUAGAAGGGUUGCUUGAAUUUAGUGCAAGGUUGCUACAGCAGGCAAGGUAUGAUGAACUUGGCGUUCUGUUGAAACCAUUUGGGCCUGGAAAGGUUUCCCCAAGGGAAACAGCUAUCUGGUUGAGUAAGAGCUUCAAAGAGAAUACUUUCAACCCAGAAGAAUCCUUGUAA